CUUCACUUCCUCAGCUCAGCAGCAGACCAGCUCCUCCCUCCAUAACCAACUAUGGCCAGCAAACAUGCCCAAAAUGCCCACCGAUCAGAAUCGAACACGUACAAUAACGAGGUACUCCGGAUUGUGAUGGUGGGGAAGACCGGUGUUGGGAAGAGCGCCACAGGAAACACCAUUCUGGGAAAAAAGCAGUUUGAAUCAAAGUUCUCUGCUAAAUCCAUGACUGUAAACUGUUCUAAUGCCAUUAGUGACGUUGAUGGACAAAUAGUUAAGGUUAUUGACACUCCUGGUCUGUUUGACACCAAGAUUGAAGAAGAGGAGACCAGAAAGAACGUUGCACAGAGCAUUGGUUUUGCUUCUCCUGGACCCCAUAUCUUCCUGGUCGUCAUCAGACUGGGCAGAUUCACAGAUGAAGAAAAACAGACAGUGCAGAAGAUUCAGGAAAUCUUUGGAGAAGAUGCAAACAGAUACAGCAUGGUUCUCUUUACCUGCGGUGACCAGCUCGAAGACCAACCUAUUGAAGAGUUCUUGAAGGGUAGCAAAGAGCUGCAGGAACUUGUGAACAGAUGUAACGGGCAGUACCACGUCUUCAAUAAUAAGUUGAAGGAUCGUUCUCAGGUCAGAGAGCUGCUCGACAUGAUCAGAAACAUAGCAGAUAAGAACGGAGGAAGCCAUUACACCAGUUUAAUGUUCCAGGCGGCAGAGAGGGAGCUAGAAGAGGAAAGACAGAGAAUCCUUAAAGAGAGAGAAGAAGAAAUAUGCAAACGGGAAGAGGAAAUUGAAAAGAAAAUAGCGAAAAAGUAUGAGAAACAAUUCAAACAAAUCAAAGAGGAUAAUGAGAGGUUAGCAAGGCAGUUGGAAGCUCGUAAAAGUGAAAUGGAGGAGGAGAUGAGGAAAAUUAGAGAAGAGCAUGCAAGCCUAAAAGCAGCUAACAAAAAAGAAUUGGAGGAGGGGAUGACGAGAAUAAGAGAAGAGAAUUUAAUCCUAAAAGCAGCUGGCAAAACAGAAAUGGAGGAGAUGAUGAGAAUGAGAGAAGAGGAGGCAAGGCUGAGAGAAGCUAACAAAAUAGAAAUGGAAAAGGAGAUGAUGAGAAUGAGAGAAGAGGAGGCAAGGCUGAGAGAAGCUAACAAAAUAGAAAUAGAAAUGGUGGAGGAGAUGAGGAGAAUGACAGUAAAAGAUGAAAGCCUAAAAGCAGCUGGCAAAAGAGAAAUGAAGGAGGAGAGGAGGAGAAUAAGAGAAGAGGAGGAGAGGAGGGCCAGGAAGGAUGCUGAGGAGAGCCCUACAAUAAUUGACGAGAUUUGUUCCAUUGCGAAAACAGGUUGGAAAGUUUUCAGUUCUUGGUUUUGAUAAUCUAACAGUCGCACUGGUUUCCAUGAUACAGUCUGACCCUCUGGAAUACCUCCCUGUUAAUCUUCACAGUCACCUUUUUGAUUUUGUUGUUUGAUGUGAUUUAUAGUAAUAUCAGUUAUUUCAGUGGUGAGUUGCAAUUAAAUAAUAACAGGAUGACUGAUUGUCAACAACCAAGAUGUUAACAUUCUAAACUAUAGUAAUGUCGUAAUGUACUAAUUUAUUCUUUGAUAGCUUUUGCUUUUACAAGAAAAAAGUAUAACGAAUGAUAUAUCAUGAAUUGAUGCUUUUAAGAUGUUAUAUGGAUACGUUUUCUUUGGCUUUCCUGUAACUGGCGUAAUGUUGGCUUCUGUCAAAUCAAAAGGUUAAAAUGUGUGUAUGCAAUGAAUUUUGUAAUUCAAUAUGAAAAGUUUGGAACAGAAAUGAAUGUGUAAAGACAAACAUAGUAAUCAAUAAUGUCCUAUAAUAAAAGACUGUAGACUUCACAUUGAGGGUGUAAUGUGCUUUUGUUGUUUAAUAAA